UGUUUAGAGCAGGAAACUGUCCGUCGGUCGGUUGCGCCACACUCACUCCGGAGGCUCUCCGGGACCGACCCUCUCCCUCAUUGAUGAGCACUUCCCUUCGCUGUGCCCAGCAUGCCUGUGGGGAGGGACGCGUCUCCGUUCGAACAGGAAAUACAAUCACCAACAUGCGUAGAUUUGGAAUAAACAAAUCUGACACGCAUCCAGCUGCCGCCGCUGCUAGCUCGCUAGGUAGCUAGCCGCCGUACCGUAGCUCCGCACAGCAGCCCGUGGGGGGGCGGAGCUAACCGUGGCUAGCUUCGCUUAACCUCCAGGACGUGGACGUCGAUCAUUAUUACCAGUACCCGGCUGCUGGGUCGGCGGCCAGUUGUCUUGUGGUCGUGUAACGUAAAGGCGCGAACAUGGAGCUGUUCCAAGCCAAAGACGAGUACAUUCUCCAGAGCGGGGACCGUGCGCUGUGGUGCAGCCGAAAGGAUGGGACCAUGACCGUCAGACCUGCAACAGACCUGCUGUUGGCUUGGAAUCCAGUGUGUUUGGGUUUGGUGGAAGGCGUCAUUGGAAAGAUACAGCUUCACACAGAUCUUCCUCUCGGCCUCGUAUUAAUCCGCCAGAAAGCGCUGGUGGGUCAUUUACCAGGCAACCACAAAGUCUACAAGAUCACCAAGAUAGCUGUCAUCCCUCUGUCUGACGAAGAGCCCCAGGAGCUCGAGCUGGAGCUGUGCAAGAAGCAUCACUUUGGAAUCGACAAACCAGAGAAACUGGCCCCGUCUCCGGACGAGUCAAAGUUUUUGAUGAAAACUUUCAGUCAGAUCAAAUCUAACGUGGCUGUGCCCAUGAAGAAGAAGUAUUCCCCUGCCUUCCAGGUGAAGGAAAACAAAGAGAAGGAGCGGUUGGAGAGACGGCUGCUGGAUGAGCUGGACAAGAUAUUCAUGGACUCUGACUCCUUUUACUACAGCUUGACCUAUGACCUGACAAACACCGUGCAGCGUCAGGGCGACUCGGAGAAGACCAGCUUACCCCUAUGGAAGCAGGUGGAUGAUCGUUUCUUCUGGAAUAAACACAUGAUCCAGGACAUUAUUGACCUUCAGGUCCCAGAGGUUGACCACUGGGUGAUACCAAUCAUCCAGGGGUUUGUACAAGUGGAGGAACUGGUGGUGAACUACAACGACACAUCAGAUGAGGAGAGGAGCAGCCCUGAGACGCCACCACAGGAGAUCACAUGUGUUGACGACAUCCAUCCUCGCUUCACUGUGGCACUGAUCUCCAGACGCAGCCGCCACCGUGCAGGGAUGCGGUACAAACGCAGAGGAGUGGAUACAGAUGGCCGCGUGGCUAACUAUGUGGAGACGGAGCAGUUGAUCCACGUGCACAGUCACACUCUGUCCUUUGUACAGACUCGUGGCUCUGUGCCUGUCUUCUGGAGCCAGGCAGGGUACCGCUACAAUCCCCGGCCACGCUUAGAGAAAGGAGAGAAAGAGACUAUGUCUUAUUUUGCUGCUCACUUUGAAGAACAGCUUAAAAUCUACAAGAAACAGGUCAUCAUCAACUUAGUGGAUCAAAGUGGACGAGAAAAGCUAAUUGGCGACGCAUAUAUAAAGCAAGUUCUGCUUUACAACAACCCAAACCUCACAUAUGUUUCUUUUGACUUCCACGAGCACUGCCGGGGUAUGAAGUUUGAGAAUGUGCAAGUACUGACAGAUGCAAUUUCUGAUAUCAUCACUGACAUGAAAUGGGCCUGGGUGGACCAAGCAGGAGUCAUCUGCCAGCAGGAGGGAAUCUUCAGAGUCAACUGUAUGGAUUGUCUGGACAGGACCAAUGUGGUUCAGGCUGCUGUUGCUCGGGCAGUGAUGGAACAACAGCUGAAGAAACUGGGUGUGAUGCCUCCAGAGCAGCCUCUGCCUCUCAAAUGCUACAAGAUCUAUCAGAUCAUGUGGGCCAACAAUGGAGACACCAUCAGCAGACAGUAUGCGGGAACAGCAGCGCUCAAGGGAGAUUUCACCAGGACGGGGGAGAGGAAACUGGCUGGUGUGAUGAAGGAUGGCGUGAACUCAGCCAACCGCUACUAUCUGAACCGUUUUAGGGACGCUUACAGACAAGCAGUCAUUGACCUAAUGAUGGGCCUGCCAGUGACUGAGGACCUCUACUCCAUCUUCAGUAAAGAGAAGGAGCAUGAAGAGCAAGAGAAGGAGAGCCAAAGAGGAGCUCAGGAGCAGGUCAGCCUCCUGCUGCAGACCUACAUGCAGCUUUUGCUGCCAGAUGAUGAGAAGUUUCAUGGUGGUUGGGCCCUCAUCAAUUGUGACAUGAGCCUCAUUGAUGCAAACAACAAAGAUGUGGAUGUGCUGCUUCUUCUGUCUGAAAAAGCCUACUACAUUGCUUACUAUGAUGAAGAAGCAGAUAAAGUCGACCAAUACCAGCGUCUCAAUCUAGAGGGUUUGGAGAAGAUUGAAAUUGGUCCAGAGCCUACUCUGUUUGGGAAGCCAAAGUUCUGCUGUAUGCGUUUGCAUUACAGGAAUGAAGAAUCGAGUGGGUACUUUCACACGCUGAGAGCAGCAACACGAAAUCCUGAGGAUGAUGGAAAAGAUACCUUGCAAUGCAUAGCAGAGAUGCUUCGCAUAACAAAACAGGCCAUGGGGUUGGACAUGCUUGUAGUUGAAAAGAAGCUUGAAAGGCGACAGAGUAGACCUCAUGAGGACAUAAUGGGGAUCCAGAACAAACCUACUGAUCAGGUCCAGGGUAGCUCGGGUUUGGCACAAGGCAAGAGUUUCCUCCUCAACAAAUUCUCCUCUCUCAAUCAGAAAGUGAAACAGACCAAGACAAAUGUAAACAUUGGCCCCUUCAAGCCCCUUGGUAGGCUGGGCACCUUCUCUAAGCCUGAUGUAAAAGUCGAUUUCCUGAAACCAACUAUGCAUGUCAACCUGUGGAAGUCAGACAGCAGUCUAGAGACGUCAGAUAACAACCCUGGCACAGGAUCCUUGAAAGACAUAGGCGAUGGGCACUCCGAGAUAUCAGAUGACUCCGACUCCUAUAAUUCUGACCCAGAGCACCCGUGUUCUGGUUCUUUAGAAAACGUGGACUAUGUGCUACCCAGCUGCGGCAUCGUAGCAUCAAACCCACGAUUGGGCAGCCGCUCCCAGUCCAUUGGUAGCGUGGAGCUAAAUAUCCCCUCCGUUAUCCGGGUCACUGGUUGUGAGGGUAUGCAGGAAAGCUCCUCUCAAGUCAGCGAUGAAAAGUCUCCAGGUGCCGCCUCGGUGGCUGAAGAAGCCAUUCUGAUUGACUUUGGUACUCCCAUUGAUGCCUACUGCCACCAGUUUGUCCAGGAUGCACAGACCAAACCUGUUGAGGUGUUUGGGGAGCAUCCCCCGGCUCCUGUACCUCCAGUCAACCCUGCGGUGCCUGUGCAGAACAAGACUUCAGCAAACUCAGACCAGCAACUGAUCUCUGAGCCGCCCUAUGAGGAGGAAGAGCCCCAGCUCCCUAGGCCAUCUCAGCUAGACGUCCAGUCUGCUACCUCCAGUUCCAACCUACUCACCGUCCAGAAGCCCAGCUCUGCGGCCUCGGGAGGCUCUCAAAGGAGCAUGUGUUCACAGCUGGAGGGCAGCCUCGGCCCUUCACCUGCAGACAGCAACGGCAGCAGAGUGGUGUCUCCCUUUGCCAAGAUCAAGAGCUCUAUGGUCCAGGUGGCCAGCCUCACCCAGGCGGGACUCACCCAAGGCAUCAAUUUUGCUGUGGCAAAGGUACAGAAGAGCCCCGAGCCAGAUUCCGUCAACGAGGCCCAAGAGAACGAGCUGAAGGCAAUGUUUACACAGUGCCAGACCAGGAUCAUUCAGAUCUAGUGCUUUCCUCGUAGCAGUGCAACGUCUAGAAACUUCCUGUAUGGUAGCAGUAGCAAAAGCUUGCACAUAGCGUCACUACUCAGCCAAGAUAUGCGCGAAAUUUACCCUUUAGUUGACUGGCCCAUUUCAAUGAUGACUUUUGUACAGAAUUUACAAAUGCAUACUUCUGCCCCACAUGAUGGUGACCAUGUUUACACGUACAGUCAAUCAUCAAGAUCUUGUCCCUUUUACCAUGCAAUCUUACACAUGAUAUACAUGUUUAAGAGUACCAGUACCUAGUACCUAGGCUAGGUAUUAAAAUGGUAUAUGGUAAAUGUUUAGGUAUUUGGGAAAUAUGUUUCCAAGUGUCCGUAAAAACUUUAUGCAUCCAAAUCUUUAAAUCACUCCAGAAAUCCUACUACAGCUAAAUUUAGGUUUAUUAGUAUAGUUUUCUUAUUAAAUUCCAAAGAAAUGGGGAUUAUGAUUAUCUAAGGAGACAAAUAACUGAGACUUAAUCUUAAGACUCAGUUUUUAAACUCAUAUACUUCCUGAGUCUUAAGUACUACGUAAGUAUUUUGGUGCAUGUAAACAUGUCACUGUCUUUGGUCGGAACAGUUAUGUAUUACCCACAAUGCUUGCAUGUGAGGUUAAUGGUAACACCUGAUGUUGACACGGCAGGUAAAACAUUAUCUGCAUGUUGAACGACCAACACUGACUCGGUCAUGUCCCAUGCGUCCUCCUGUAUGUGCGGGUCACUUGGCGUUUGCAAUAUAGACCUCGUCCCAACUUUCAAUUUGUAACAGUUGCUGUAGAAUCCAACCAAAUAUCUUUUGUGGUUCCCAGAGGAUACAUCUGUGUUAACUUUUUGUAGCUGUCAGAAACUAGCCAGACGACAUACUGUACGUAGUUAUCCUAUGUAAUAUUAAUGUUGUCAUGUGUAACUUACAAGAUAUACCGUUAUAGAAAUAAUGACUACACAAAACCUUAGUAAGAGUAUCCUGGUUGUUGAUAUGUACAGUGAGUAUAGUAUGUUUAACUGUUCCCUGAGUAGAGCCUUCCCUUGAGCUUUUUGUAUAUGGUAGGGUGGCAGCUUAGUAUGUUCAAAGAGGUAUGAGCAUUAUAUUUUGAGAAGAAAAUGCCCAGUACUGUCAUUGCUAACCACGAGUAACAAGAAAUCUGCUAGAGUUGUUUUUGAAAGAUGCAUGUAUUGAAAGAACUAUUCUGAAAAUGGUUGUACUAACUAAUGAUGGUUUAUUUGAACUGAGUCCUCGGCCAGCGUUGUAUAUUGACGUUGCAUGUUUGGAAAAAAGAAAAGGAGAGUAGCAUACAGAAGUUAUAGAUGCAGUUCCGCCCACCCAAUUAUUAGAAACACUGAUGCUCAAUGCACUCCCUGAACUGAAAAGCAUAUUUGCCUUAACUGGGAAUAGAAGUGGGAUUAUGUAUAUCAGGUAUUUAUGGCAAAAUCUACCUUUUUAAGUCCAUUCGGUGUACUGUAUAAACGAUCAUGUUCAGGGUUACUGUAUGUCAUUCAAUCUUUAUCUUGGGAUAUUUCCUCUGCUGGCACAUGCGCUCUCCAUGGAAAUGAGCAGGUUUAAGAGACAGUGUGAGUGUGUCCUGUUUAGUAUGUGUGAGUUUGUGUGUCUGAGCCUCCCGGCUGCUGCUGGUGUUUAGGAUCGCCUGCCUUAGAGGUCUAGUUAUAUUUAUGUGCUAUGGAGUUACAAACAUUGUUAUCUUGUACUUUUAUUUUCACGAACCUCUUAAAAGUGAGGUUUUGCCUCAUGAAGCGCCUGUUAAUCCAACCAGGUUCCACUUCAUUCCUUUGUUGUGUAUAUCGCUGUCUGUUUCUCCUAGGAAAUAAUAAUUGGUUUUACUUUUGAGCUGAAAUAUCCCAAUAUAAACUGUCAUGUUACAUAUUUUGUGUUAUAUUUGCCUCUUUUCUGCAUUCAUCAUGCUCACCAGCAGAUAAGAUGUGGGAACACUUGUAUAUUUUAUCUGACUAUAAUUGUGUUCAGUGAGACUGUAGCCAUGGCUGCUUUGUGGGUGCUAGAAUAUAUAGUUAUUAAACCUGCUGAUAGUGUAUGGUGCUGCCAAAGCUUAAAGGUGACAGCUGUAAUGCAAAGUUUAAUGCAGAGGGUGAAGGUUUUGUUUUAAACUUCCCGCAGGAUUUGCAAACACUGGAGCAGUUCCCAAGCAGAGCAGAAACGUAUUAUUCUGUCUGAAACUGGUUUCAUUAAUCCUCAACAUUCCUGAUAGAGACCACAACGCCACAGCGUGGGUGUCUUGUUUUUUCUUUUUGUAUGCAAAAGCUGACAGAUUUAAUCCUGUAUUUGCUGGGUGAGUUUUAUUUUCUCCAUACCUACAGUUUUUGUUUUUGUUUUACACCAAGUGCUUUUGCAGCCACCUCUUGAUUUGUUGUCUGUGGUUGUCCUCCCCUCCCACUGGGACCCCAGACCAUGACGUGUUAUCAUGUGACUGAAGAGGUCUUUAAGCAUUUGAUUUGCACUGUUAAAGCACAUUUUCUAGUGUUGGCACCAUUUCAUUCGAAUGUCUGUGGUCAUGUCUUUCCUCUUUACCAACUGACUCAUUUAUUUCCUGUGUACUGAGAUUGAAUUGUAUAUUAAAGUAUCCUAUUUAUUCUUA